CUUCUCUUCUUGUUCUGACAGGAUGAGAAGAAUCAGCUGAUGACUACUAAUGUCUGGCUAUGGCAGGAGUGGGUAGAUGUGAAGCUCCAGUGGAACCCUGAUGAGUAUGGAGGAAUCACCUCUAUCAGAGUUCCCUCUGAAACAAUAUGGCUGCCAGACAUCGUCCUCUAUGAGAAUGCUGACGGGCGUUUCGAGGGCUCUCUGAUGACCAAAGCCAUCGUGAGGUCAGACGGGACAAUCAGGUGGACCCCUCCGGCCAGCUACAAGUCUUCAUGCACCAUGGACGUCACCUUCUUUCCCUUCGACAGACAGAACUGCUCCAUGAAGUUUGGCUCGUGGACCUACGACGGCAACAUGGUGGACCUGGUCCUUGUGGACCACUACGUCGACCGUAAGGACUUCUUCGACAACGGUGAAUGGGAGAUCCUCAACGCCACCGGUGCCAAGGGCAGCCGACGGGACGGUAUCUACUGGUACCCCUUCGUUACCUACUCCUUCAUCCUCAAGAGGCUUCCUUUGUUCUACACACUCUUCCUCAUCAUCCCCUGUCUCGGUCUGUCCUUCCUGACCGUGUUGGUGUUCUACCUCCCGUCUGACGAAGGAGAGAAGCUGUCUCUGUCCACGUCGGUCCUGGUGUCUCUCACCGUGUUCCUCCUCGUCAUAGAAGAGAUUAUACCGUCCUCCUCCAAGGUGAUCCCUCUGAUUGGAGAGUACCUCCUCUUCAUCAUGAUCUUCGUCACCUUCUCCAUCAUCGUCACAGUGUUUGUCAUCAACGUCCACCACCGCUCCUCAGCCACCUACCACCCCAUGGCCCCCUGGGUAAAAAACCUCUUCCUCCAGAGGCUACCCAGACUGCUUUGCAUGAGGGGACACACUGACAGGUACCACUACCCAGACAUUGAGCUGCGUAGCCCAGAGCUGAAGCCCCGCGGAGGUCCAGGGAGGAGGGGGGCGUCGGGCCACGGCCAAGCCCAGCAGAGAGGCCCUGUCGGGGGGAAGGAGGAUGAGAACCAUGCCUGGUUGGCCAUGCUGGAGAAAGCCACCAACUCAGUACGGUACAUCAGCCGUCACAUCAAGAAGGAACACUUUAUCAGAGAGGUGGUGCAGGACUGGAAGUUUGUGGCUCAGGUGUUGGACAGGAUCUUAUUGUGGGUGUUCCUCACUGUCUCCAUACUGGGUACCAUCCUCAUCUUCACUCCUGCCAUCACUUUGUACCUGACCACUCCCCCCUUCAACACAUAGACCCUAUCAGUAGACCCUAACCCCUAUAGACAUAAUCAGUAGACCCUAACCCCUACACCCUACCACAUACACCCUACAACACAUAAUCAGUAGACCCUAACCCCUACACCCUACCACCUACACCCUACAACACAUAAUCAGUAGACCCUAACCCCUAUAGACAUAAUCAGUAGACCCUAACCCCUACACCCUACCACCUAUACCCUACAACACAUAAUCAGUAGACCCUAACCCCUACACCCUACCACAUACACCCUACAACACAUAAUCAGUAGACCCUAACCCCUACACCCUACCACCUACACCCUACAACACAUAAUCAGUAGACCCUAACCCCUACACCCUACCACCUACACCCUACAACACAUAAUCAGUAGACCCUAACCCCUACACCCUACCACCUACACCCUACAACACAUAAUCAGUAGACCCUAACCCCUACACCCUACCACAUACACCCUACAACACAUAAUCAGUAGACCCUAACCCCUACACCAGGGCUGUUCUAUGUCGGUCCUGGUCCUGGUCCUGGUCCUGGUCCUGGUCCUGGUCCUGGUGGGCCCAAACACUUCUGGUUUUCAUCCUCUCCUUCUAAUAAGAGACUAGUCCAGUCCUGAGACACCAGGUGAGUGCAACUGACUGGAAUUGAACAGCCCUGCUCUACACCCUAAGCCCUACACCCUAAGCCCUACACCCUAAGCCCUACACCCUGCCUACUUCAGGGGUAUUCAAAUCUUACCCAACGAGGUCCAGAGUACUGCUUGUUUUCAGAUUUUUGUGUUUCCCAAUCCUGGUCCUAUGGACCCAGAAGGGUGCACAUUGUGGAUUUUCCCCAGCACCAGGUUUGCAGUGUGUUGGUUCCAGUAGUGUAAAGUACUUAUUAAGUCAAAAUACUGGUUGGUGCUGGGACCAGGACCAGGAUCAGUAAACCCUGCCCUAACCCCUACAUCCUAACCCCUACAUCCUAACCCCUACACCCUACAUCCUAACCCCUACAUCCUAACCCCUACAUCCUACCAUCCUCAUCUCUUCAGAUGUACCUUAAUGCCAGACAUUGAAGAUCCUGACCAAGUCCCCGACCACUGCUCUCAACACCUGCUAAGUACCUCACAGCCCCCCAUCCCCAAGACCUCCAAACCAUAUGUAACGGAGUUGGAAUCACUACCUUUUCUACGGCGUGACGCUACGAUGCGGGGGGUCAAGAGGGGGGUCAUGUGUAUUUACGAGGCAGAGGAUCCCUGGUUGGUUGGUUGGAGCCCAGGGACAUGGGAGGAAGCUAUACUUCCAAGCUUUACCCCAACUCUAGGCCCAGUCACCAACCCCUAACCCCUAACUCUCUCUCUCUUUCUCUUUCUCCCUCUCCCUCUCCCUCUCUCUCUCUCUCUCUUCUCUGUCUUUCUCUCUCUCUCUC